AGUCAAAUGUACAUAAUACACAAACAUAAAACACAAAAUACGAACAGGCACUAGCCAACAAAAAAAAAAACAUAAAAGAGUGCAGACAGGAGGAGGAGGAACACAAGUACACUUGAUUCUGCAGCAGAACUAUUUGGGAAAGGCGGUUAAAUCUCUUAAGACUGCUCGAAACAUCUGAAUGCCCUUCACGCUGCAAUCAAAUCACAUACAACUCCUUCUCUGCAGCAUUAGCUUUGGAUUCUCUGAAGAAUUAGCUAAAAUCCCUUGAAAUAGUAGUUGUGCUUUUGACGACAUGUACCAGAACCAGUUCAUCUACUCCCGCGAGAGGCGUCGCUUUGGGCGGCAGUGCCGUUUCCAGGAUCGCAAUGAACUGAUGGUCAGCGUGCAUCCCAGUGGCCGUCAGCGUCUAAAGUACAUCAUGGCCAAUCCGUCUGACCAGGCCACCCAACUGAGCCGCCAGAUGGCGCUGACCACCAUGGAGACGGAGAAUGUUACUCUCGACCAGCACGGAAUGUACCACUACGAGGGCGGUUGGCCCAAGGAGGUUAACUUCAAUGAUGAGGAGCAGACGCAGCGGCAUCGCAAGAAGGUGGAGCGCGACGAUAGCUGGGGCGAGCAGGUCCUGACGAUGAUCCGCACCACGAUGUCGGUGGCGGAGCAGAACAAUACCCUCAAUAUCUACCAGAACUUCUUUGCGGAUCUGCCGGCGGAGUUGGGACACGACAUCAAGAGCAAGUUUCGCGCCCGGGUGUCCAAUGUGUUCCAUGAUCUCUGGCUGCCAGCGCGUCAAUUGAAGUCCAUUGAGUGGAUGCCCAACAAUAGCCGGCAGUUUAUGACCCAGUUUACCAAUCACUUUGGAAAAGGAGAGCGACUGCGUCCGGUCACGGAAGAACCGUUUGGCGGGACAAAUGGCUUCUAUGUGUGGGAUGUGAAGAAUCCACUCAAGCCGAGGAUCUCCUACGACAGCAAGCAGCAGGUGUCGUUGGCCAAGAUCUGUCCCAAGGAUGAGAACAACAUGGUCGGUGGCACGGGCCUGGGACAGGUAUGUCUGUGGGGCACCUUCAAGGGCGGACUACCCGUAAGGAAUUGCCCCCUGGAGGUUUCCCACAGGGAGACCACCUCGGCCCUCUGCUGGGUCCAUUCCAAGUCCAAUACGGAAUUCUAUUCGGGCUCCCUGGAUGGCUCCAUCAAGUACUGGGACACCAGGGAUCUGAAGAUGCCCAUGCAGGAGCUGCUCCUCGAACCGGAGCCGCAGGAGCGCCAGUCGCGCAUGGAUUCGCAUGGCGUGACGGUGCUGGAGUUCGAGUACACCAUCCCGGUGCGCUUCAUCAUCGGCAGCGAUAUGGGUCACGUUUUCGUCGGCAAUCGCAAGGGUAUGACCCCGAUAGAAACCCUUCUGGCUCACUAUCAACUUUUUGUCGGACCCGUGCGCAGCAUCAAUCGAAAUCCCUUCUUCGUCAAGAACUUCCUGGUCACGGGCGAUUGGCGGGCGAGAAUUUGGUCGGAGGAGGUCAAGGACAGUCCGUCUACCAUGUAUUUCCGGAAGAAUGCACAGAUUCUUUGCGGCGCCUGGAGCACGGGUCGCUGCUCCCUGUUCGUCACUGGCGACAUAAACGGCGUGGUGGACUUUUGGGAUCUGCUGCUUCACCACCGUAAGCCCAUUCGUUCCGUGGACUUUAAGGUGGCCAUUGCGGAUUUGGUCUUCCGGCCGGAGGGCGAUCUGCUGGCCGUAGGCUUGAAAAACGGCGACACUCACAUCAUGACACUGGAUGAGUCCAUGCGACAGGCCACCGGCAAGGAGAAGGCACUCAUGGCCGCCAUGUUCGAGCGGGAGAUCGUGCGGUGUAAACUGCUGGAGGCUCGCUAUGAUGAAGUUAGGCUCAAGCGGAAAACCCUCCAAAUGGCCGAGGAGGAACGUGUCCGGAUGCAGCAGCGACUGGCGCCCACUCUCGAGCUGGAUCCCGACAAUCCCGAUCAGUUUGUGAUGAUGAUCGAGGGCGAUGAGGAGUUCCGCGCGGCCAUCACCGAAUUCCAGGACAUCAUACUCAGUGUGGAGCGGAAGCGCUCCAAGAGGCAGGUGAUCAUGGAGCGCACGGUCUUCGAGCAAUGGAAUCCGGCUGACGAGAAGCUCCAGGGUGAGCCCGUCGUGUACACCAAGCCCGAGCGAAAGGUUCAGACGUCGGCCAACUACGACAAGAGGACUUCGGGGGAGCCAAGAGCUUCGCAAGGAUCCAUGAAGCACCCGUAAAAAUAUGAAUAACUAUUGGAUAAGUUGAUAUGCUGUGCAAAUUGAAAUAAAGUUAUCAUUUAAAUAGAAA